AUUUUUAAUUCCAAAUCGGCACUCCCAAUUUGACCAAAACCCGCGUGUUCCCAUCCUCUCCAUUUCCAAAGCUCCGAAGCUGCAAAGCUCCGACUCCACCCUAACGCUAACCCUAUGGAUUCCGGCCAACCUGCGCCCCAACGGCCGCCGUCGCACCUCGACCUUUCUCCCCGGAGACAGCUCCAGCUCCAAGGCCCCCGACCAUCCCCUCUCCGAGUAAGCAAAGAAUCUCACAAGAUUAAGAAGCCCCCACUUCCCCCACCCCAGCUCGAUCCUCCACCGAUCGCUCCCUCGCAGGACUCGCGAGAGCCGAUCAUCAUCUACACCAUCUCACCUAAGGUCAUCCACGUCGAACCCUCCAAUUUCAUGGACCUCGUUCAGCGACUCACAGGUCCACGAUUCCCCGAUCCACAAACUCCGCCGGCGGAAACCCUCUCCCCUGCCGCCAAGCUUGCGACCAUCCAUCGGACGAUUCAGAGCCCGGGAGCCGAUCGGCCCGCUUCUUCCUCCUCCGUAGCCGAUUUGGAUGUUUUGAAUGAUCUGUCGACGGACCGGUGUUGUUAUAUUCCCGGGAUCUUAUCGCCGGUUCCGGCGAAUCUUCCGCCCAUUUCCCCGGCCUUCUUCUCGCCAUCGUACAUCGAUUCGAGUUUUCAGAACUUCUUGCACGAUCUCAGUCCGGCUGGUUUUCAAGUCGGCAGGUCAUCUCCCGGCGGCUCGAUCGCCGGCGGCGUCGGCGUCGGCGGAGGGAACUUCUGGAACAGUUCCGGUAACUUCUUCUCCCCUUCUGUAGUACCGUCUCCUGGAGUCGCUGCGUGGGAUCUCUUCAACCAAUUUCAGGAUUUUUAGGGGGCGUUUGCAGGAUUUAGACAUGAAUUUAACUCAAAUUCAGCCAAACCCAAAAAAAAAAAAA